AUGAUGGGCGUCUUCCUGGACGAGUUGGGUCCGUUCAAAGAAUCACUUCGCUUCUUUGAAAAUGCCGCACGACUGUGUCCAGGUGAUAGAACUACACUUGAGCUUCGUCAGCUUUUAGCUGUGCCAAUUGUCUUCUCUUCCCAGAACGAUAUGGACUUGGCGCUAUGUCCCGAACAAGCAGCGUAUCUUCAGUACACCAUCACGCCUCCCACCAUGUUCAUCGGCUACCAGGGCAUCGAUGUUCUUCCUAUCCAACGGGCAAUACACCGUCUUCGAUCCUUAGUUUACCCGAGCCUCUCUUCCUCCUUUGAGCCGCAAAAUCCGGGAGAAAUCUGGUCGGAUGAUGCUCACAGGCGUCGACGAGUUGCGUUUAUCUCUUCUUGGCUUCGAGCUCAUUCGGUCGGGAAAUUACUGCUAGGCGUCGUUCAAAAUCUGGAUCGAGCCAAGUUCCAUGUUGUCAUUUACCACUGCGUGCACUUCCUGCGCGAUGCUGACGAAAUCACAGAACUAUUCAAGCACACAGCUGAUGAGUUCGUCGAGCUACCCGAGAACCAAGACACUGCAGUGCAAAUACUUCGACAAGCGCACCUUGAUAUUGUGAUUUUCCCUGAACUGGGCAUGGACGAGUGGACAGUUUUGCUAUCUCAUCAUCGAGUGGCUCCCGUCCAGUGUGCUUUCUGGGGCCAUCCGAUCACUACCGGCAACCCACAAAUCGACUAUUUCCUCUCGUCCGAGCACUUUGUCUCUGAGCAAUUCGAUGAACCAACGGAGUCGACGCCACGAAAGUUAUCUGGCUUCCGUCGGUCUUCAUUUUCGGAGCAGGUCGUGUUAUUUCGUGGCCUCAGCACGAUCUUCACUGAGCCCAAGACGCUAGCUGCAGAAUCCAGGGAGAUCACCCGGUCUCGACUAUUUCUACCAACAAACCGUAGACUCUACGUGUGUCCUCAGACGUUGAUGAAGCUUCACCCUGCUUUUGAUGACGCUUUGGCUGGGACCCUGAGUCGUGAUGACAAGGCAAUCAUCGUGUUGUUAGCGUCCGACACACAAUUGGUCUGGAUGGAGAAGCUUCGACGGAGAUUUCGACUGCGUUUUGGACCGAACACUCGACGCGUUCUGUUCUUACCGACGCUUCCUUUUGCUGAGUUUCAGGCUUUGUUGACGCUCGCCGACGUUGUGUUGGACCCGUUCCCAUUCGGAGGCGGAGUUACGACACUGGACGCGCUACAUUUGGGCAUGUAA